AUGGUGACUAAGUUCUCUUACACAGCACUUCUCUGGUUGCUUCAUUUAGUUCUCGCUCAGGAUCCGGAAGCUAAUUUUGCAUGGGCUCCACUUGCAGCAGAACCACAAGAUGGGAAUCUGGAGGAACUUGUGAGCAUCAACAACGCGGAGGUCCUUGGAGGGAAGGCAUUUGAUUUUUUCGAACUGGAGCGGGUUGAUCAAGGGAUAGUACCCCAAGCUGCUAUAGACGAGGUUGAUGUCGUGAAUCACAACAGCGAGGAUGAUGGAUGGGAUGAUGUGCUGUUGAUGUCUUCGGUAGGAUUGUCAUUGGUGUUGUGGAUAGGAAACUUUAACCGCUGGAGUUAUGCCACUUGGCAGAACCGGUUAUUCUGCCAGUUCUGCUGGUUGUGCCAGUACAACUAA